UUCCAGUCGGAAGCUCUUGCUUGUUACGUUACUUCCUGUUCUUUACAAUAAAGGCCCGGCGAAUCCGCGGGUCCAUUUUUUGGAAUUUGGUUUGGUGAAUCCGCUGUGAAUCGGACCCAUCAGAACCGCAGACAUGACGGUGGGAAAGAGCAGCAAGAUGCUGCAGCACAUAGACUUCAGGAUGAGGUGCAUCCUGCAGGAUGGUCGGAUCUUCAUUGGAACCUUCAAGGCCUUCGACAAACACAUGAACCUGAUCCUGUGUGACUGCGACGAGUUCCGCAAGAUCAAGCCGAAGAACUCAAAACAACCAGAGCGUGAGGAGAAGAGAGUUCUAGGUUUGGUUCUGCUGAGGGGCGAGAACCUGGUCUCCAUGACGGUAGAAGGCCCGCCCCCCAAAGACACCGGGAUCGCCCGGGUCCCCCUGGCAGGUGUGGCUGGAGGUCCUGGUGUGGGACGGGCGGCGGGUCGUGGGGUUCCUGCAGGAGCUCCGAUGCCUCAGGCUCCUGCCGGUCUGGCAGGGCCGGUCAGAGGAGUGGGCGGGCCGUCACAGCAGGUGAUGACCCCGCAGGGCAGAGGAGGGACUGUCGCCGUGGCGGCAGCAGGAGCCAGCAUUGCAGGGGCACCCACACAGUACCCACCUGGGCGAGGGGCCCCACCCCCAAUGGCCCGGGCCGCGCCUCCUCCAGGGAUGAUGGGUCCGCCUCCUGGCAUGCGGCCCCCGAUGGGUCCUCCAAUGGGAAUGCCUCCUGGUCCGGGUCGUGGUGCUCCGAUGGGAAUGCCCCCUCCAGGCAUGAGGCCGCCGCCCCCUGGAAUGAGAGGACCCCCUCCUCCGGGAAUGAGACCUCCCCCCAGGCCCUGAAGAAGCUGACGUUCACCUGUUGUAUAGAUGUUCUUUUUUUUACUUUUUAAUAAAGUGUUCUCUGUU